UCGGGCUCGCCCCGCCACCAGCAGCAGCAGUAGCAGCGGCGGCAGCGGCGCGCCCCGCGGCAGGGGAGGAUGAAGGUGACCGUGGACUUCGAGGAGUGCCUGAAGGACUCUCCGCGUUUCAGGGCAGCUUUAGAAGAAGUAGAAGGAGAUGUGACAGAACUGGAACUGAAACUUGACAAGCUGGUGAAGCUUUGUAUUGCCAUGAUUGAUACUGGGAAGGCAUUCUGCACAGCCAACAAGCAGUUCAUGAAUGGCAUUCGAGACCUUGCACAGUAUUCCUGUAAAGAUGCAUUGGUUGAGACCAGCUUGACAAAGUUCUCUGACACCUUACAGGAGAUGAUCAAUUAUCACAAUAUCCUCUUUGACCAGACCCAAAGAUCAAUUAAAGCACAGCUUCAGACUUUUGUGAAAGAAGAUAUUAGGAAAUUCAAAGAUGCAAAGAAACAGUUUGAAAAAGUUAGUGAAGAAAAAGAGAAUGCUCUAGUCAAAAAUGCCCAAGUUCAAAGGAAUAAGCAACAUGAAGUAGAGGAAGCAACCAAUAUUUUGACUGCAACCCGGAAAUGCUUCCGACACAUAGCUCUGGAUUACGUUCUUCAGAUCAAUGUUCUUCAGUCUAAAAGGAGAGCAGAAAUCCUGAAAUCGAUGUUAUCAUUCAUGUAUGCCCACCUGGCAUUUUUCCAUCAAGGCUAUGAUCUUUUUAGUGAACUUGAACCCUACAUGAAAGACCUUGGUGCACAGCUGGAUCAGUUGGCUGUAGAUGCUGCAAAGGAGAAGAGAGAUAUGGAGCAAAAGCACUCCACUAUUCAACAAAAGGAUUAUUCCAGUGAUGAUACUAAACUAGAGUACAAUGUAGAUGCAGCCAAUGGUAUUGUUAUGGAAGGUUAUCUGUUUAAGCGAGCCAGCAAUGCCUUCAAGACCUGGAACAGGCGCUGGUUCUCAAUACAAAAUAACCAACUUGUGUACCAGAAGAAGUUUAAGGAUAACCCCACAGUAGUUGUGGAAGACUUGCGGCUUUGCACAGUUAAACACUGUGAGGACAUAGAGCGACGCUUCUGCUUUGAGGUGGUUUCGCCAACAAAAAGCUGCAUGCUUCAGGCUGACUCGGAAAAGCUGCGGCAGGCAUGGAUUAAGGCUGUUCAGACCAGUAUUGCUACAGCAUAUAGAGAGAAAGGGGAUGAAUCUGAGAAACAGGAGAAGAAAUCAUCCCCUUCCACUGGCAGCCUGGAAUCUGGGAGUGAGACGAAAGAGAAGUUAUUGAAGGGAGAAAGUGCCCUACAGCGAGUCCAGUGCAUUCCUGGUAAUGCUGCCUGCUGUGACUGUGGUUUGGCAGAUCCUCGCUGGGCCAGUAUCAACCUUGGAAUCACGCUGUGCAUUGAGUGCUCAGGGAUACACAGGAGUUUGGGAGUCCACUUCUCAAAAGUAAGAUCUUUAACUCUGGAUUCCUGGGAACCUGAACUUCUUAAGCUUAUGUGUGAAUUGGGAAAUAAUGUUAUAAAUAGAAUAUAUGAAGCCAAGUUGGAAAAAGUGGGAAUAAAGAAGCCACAACCUGGAAGCCAAAGGCAAGAGAGGGAGGCAUACAUCAGAGCAAAAUACGUGGAAAAAAAGUUUGUAGAGAAGCAGCCUGCAUCAGUACCUUUGCUUGAAGCCAGAGCACAAGUUCUGCCUCCGAGUCAGGAAGACAAAAGGCACAGUGGCCCUGAAAAAUCCCUUUUGGCAGGGGACCAAGGUGCGGCGUCCCAAAAAGUACGAAGCAGUGACAGUGGGAUCCAGCCAAGUGCUGAGGACAGCAGAGAACACCUUGCCUCGACUGUGUCAGUUAACAGUUUGUAUGAACCAGAAGGAGAUAAGCAAGAGUCUUUGGUGUUCCCUGACUCCAAACAGCCUAACCCAGGAUUGCAGCUGUAUCGAGCUGCCUUUGAGAAGAAUCUUCCUGAUAUGGCAGAAGCUUUGGCCCAUGGAGCUGAAGUAAACUGGGUCAACGUAGAAGAAAACAAAACAACACCACUCAUUCAGGCAGUGCGAGGGGGCUCGUUGGUUACUUGUGAAUUCUUGCUGCAGAACGGGGCCAAUGUGAACAUCAGGGACAUGAAAGGAAGAGGACCCUUGCACCAUGCCACGGUUCUGGGACACACUGGACAAGUGUGCUUAUUCCUGAAGCGAGGAGCAAACCAGCAUGCCACUGAUGAAGAUGGGAAAGAUCCACUGAGCAUAGCAGUAGAAGCUGCAAAUGCAGAUAUUGUAACACUGUUGCGUUUGGCAAGGAUGAACGAAGAAAUGCGUGAAUCAGAAGGACUCUAUGGACAGCCAGGAGAUGAAAUUUAUCAGGACAUUUUUCGUGACUUUUCUCAAAUGGCAUCAAAUAAUCCAGAGAAGCUAAACCGUUUCCAGCAGCCAGACUCCCAGAAGUCUUAAGUGUCAAGAACCUGAUCCUUGUAGUGCAAGUCGGUUGUUUUGUUUUACUUUAACAGAAUGAAUU